ACGAUUUACAGAAUUGAGCUGGCAACGGCAGCCAAGAGCUGUUCCUCGUUGGUCCUCACUGUAGAAGACUGACGGAAAUGGAAGUCGUUUCUUAGAAUGGCUGGAAGGACUAUUUCACGUGCCGUUCAUCAUAUUUUGGUACGACCGCUGAUGCGUCACGGGGGGGCGAGAGAUCGCGAUUUGUAGUUACUAGCAGACUGCCAAGUGGAGCAUGCGACUAGGCUGGCAUUCGUUCACUGUCGCUAACUAUCGCCACUUGGGCCUCAGGAUGUUUCGUCGUUUUGGCAGCCUGCCAUCUCUCCCCACGUUCUGCCGUUCCCGACCCUGCGUCAAGCCUAGAGCAGUGCUCAGACCUUGUUGGCCGGUGGUACCAUCAGACGGCCACACAAGGCCAAAACGUCAACCCGAGAAGCCAAGUGCUAAUUAUCGAUGCAAGAUCCGCGUCUGCUCUCAGCAACUUUCAUUCCUCCCGAGGAGGCUGAUUUUUUUGCGAUGCCGUGCUAGUAGGGUGAUCACCUAACUUCUUCAUACUGGGACCGCCAUGCCGCAUUCCUCACAAGGGAUCGCUUCGCCGUCCGAAUCCCAAUCCUCGUCGCUUGCCGUCAAGCCGUGGUCCGCAGAGGAGGACGCGGUUCUGCUGCGCCAUGCGCUCCAUUGCGGCACGAGGCGGUGGGGAGAGUUGGGGAGGAGCGGUCAGCUGAAGAGAAACAACAAGUCGUGCUGUAACCGUUACAUCUUCCUCAGAAGGAAGUUCGUCCAACGCUUUCAGGAGAAUCUCCUGCGACAGCACCUGGGAGGCGCUGCAUUCCCCCAACACAUAGCCUUGGACGCGCACAGCCAGUUGCUGCUGAGGCGUGAUAGCCAGCAGCAGCAGCAGCAGCAGCAGCAGGCUGGCGUGGGUUCACCCUGGUCGCCAUCGCCUGCUCUUACUUUCGGCGGGCUGUCGUUUGAUGAGUGCAGGAGCGUCUUCCUCUCACCCAAUGCGCGCCGCCCAACAGCCCAGGCGAGCCUCGUGUCUGCCUUCAGCGCUGCCGCUGCUUCGUGUGCGGCUGCUCUCUCCUCAACACAAGCACACCCUUCAUCUGCCUUCGUGCCUGACACUGCUUCCCAUGCCGCUGCUUUCUCCACCGCUGCUGCUGUCCCAGUUGCUCCCACCUCCACUGGUGCUGCUGUCCCAGUUGCUCCCACCUCCACUGGUGCUGCUGUCCCAGUUGCUCCCACCUCCACUGCUGCUGCUGUCCCACUUGCUCCCACCUCCACUGCUGCUGCUGUCCCACUUGCUCCCACCUUCACUGGUGCUGCUGUCUCCAGUGCCGCUUCUUGCGCCUCCGCUGCUGUGGCUGCUGCAGGUUCCAGGGCUGCUUCUUUCCCCAAUGCCGCUGCACUCUCCAGUGCUGGGGUGAUCGAUGCAGCGUUUUCAAAUGCGGCUGCUGCCCUCAAGUUGCCCAUGAAGCGAGCAAGGGGGGACUGCGGCGGGCUUAUGGUGAGCCAAUCCCUGCGGGGUCUGGCUGGGAUCGGGUGGGCCCACCGCACGCUGUGCCACUCGCAGUCCUUGGACGGCCGUUUCCUGCAGCAGGACGGGCAGAGGAGCCAUGUGCACUCAGCGGUGUGGCCUCGCGUGGCGUCGGAGAGCGCCCUUCCAGACGAUGUGCUGCUGGGAUCCAGCUGCGAGGGCCCUCGCUACAGCAUGCCGCAUGCACCACUGCCAGCACCACUGCUAGCACCACUGCCAGCUCAACUGCCAGCCACUCUCUCCACGCAGCCACAGGCAGCACUGCCAGCGUCGCUGCCCACCCAACUCGCGGCUCUGAUUGGUUCUGUUCCCGGAGAUAUAAGCAGCUGCUUAGGAGGGGCGCUCUCCUUUGAGAAUGGCUCUGUGGGACAUGAGCUGGUUCCGUCCAAGGGCGCAUGCAACGCGGUGCAUGAAAUCGACCCUCUGCUUCUGUACGCGCCUGCCUCUCACCUGUGUCUGGCUGAGUGUGUUCCCCAUGUGCACUUGGCCAGUGAGCCUCACGGACAGCCUCUGGCAGCCUGCCUUCCCGAGCCAAUGCUGCCAGAGUGGUUGCUGGAACAAGGGGGGACUGGGGAAGGGGAUGUUCAGGUGCACAGGCAUGAACACCCGGUGGGACAAGGAGUGAGUGUGGAAGGAGUGAGUCCACCGCAGAGGUGCCAGCAGCAGCGUCUGGAGCUCGUGCGCAUUCCCUCGCUGCUGUCGCACCUUCCACUGCCAGAGCCACUGCCAGAGCCACUGCCAGAGCCACUGCCAGAGCCACUGCCAGAGCCACUGCCAGAGCCACUGCCAGAGCCACUGCCAGAGCCACUGCCAGAGCCACUGCCAGAGCCACUGCCACAGCCACAACCACAACCACUGCCACUGCCACAGCCACUGCCACAACCACUGCAAGAGCCACUGCCACAGCCACUGCAAGAGCCACUGCCACAGCCACUGCAAGAGCCACUGCCACAACCACAACCACUGCCACUACCAUGGCCACUGCCACGGCCACAACCACUGCCAGAUCCACUGCCUCUAGAACAGGCAUUGGCACUGGCACCGUCACAGGCAUUGGAACAGGCGUUCGCGCUCGUGCCGUCACAGGCGCUUCUCCUGUCUGCUCUUUCCCAACAGCCACUGGCCCUUGGCGCAACCAUUACUAACCCUCCAGGCACACAGUACAUGCCCUCAAUCCCCAGGGGAUCACACAUACGACCAGGCCCUGCCUUGCUGCACAAGCCAUUAAUCCCUUCACCAUACCGCAUGCCUGCUGCCCCGUCGCACUUACAACCACGCCCUGCCUUUCCGUGGGAGUCCCGUAUCCCUUCUCCAGAUCUCAUGAGCCCGGCGCCUGUUCAUUGGCCCAGCACGGCUGAUGAUGCUCCAGGAGGUGAUGGGGCUUCUUUGCAUGCCACGAUUGCUCCUGGCAUCGACCCGAACAUGCUUGCCUCAACUAACUUAUUUGAGCUUGGAGGAACAACUGACGUGAAGCCCGAGAGUGGCCGCUGGGAUGGAAGCAUGAUUGUCCAUAGCGAGAAUUUGCAUGUACCGUAUGGCUUUCCAGAUACAGCCAUGUGCCUUCCUAGGAUGCCACCAUCCGCACAUAUACGCCAGGGUGGCUAAACAUGACGUGCUACAGCUAGAUAUUUUGUGAGCUAGAUAAUUCGGCAAACCCAUCGUGAGCAGGGCUCCCGUAAUCAGACCAAAUCGGUCUGAUGGUCUGAAAAUCAGACCGGGUUUUUAUGUUUCAUCUGA